UGUAUUUUUCUAUGUCUAGAUCUACUGAUUAUAUGACCAUCUAUAAUAAUCUUUUUUUUAUUACUCAGUCAUUAAAAUUAUGGAUUGAGGAUUUUUACAUUUUUUUUCUUGUUGAUGAGGAUUUUUAUGUUGUUGCAUUAUCCGAUUUUUUUUAAGGUAAUGAGCAUUAAUCUGGUUGGACGAUUGAAUGAUGAUCAAAUGCCAGCCGUCGUUAUUUGGAACGUGAUCGUGUACAUUCAAACUUUUUAAUUCCAUUUUAACUUUUAUCAUUUUGAAUCAACAAGUGUUCACCGACUCAUCGAUUCGAAUGACUCCCCAAUAGAAAGUGACCAGAUUAAUUGGAAAAAGAUAAAGAUGAUCGAUGAAGAGACAAGAUCGAAACUGGCUAUAUGGUGCGCCAUAUUGCGACAAAGUUGGCGAGUCAUAUUUGGUUUAAUUGUUCCAAUUAUUUUAUCUCCGUUAUUGUAUGAUUUGAAUAAUAAGUUGAACAUGGGCGCUUAUGUGUUGGCUCUAAUGGUCCUUUAUUGGAUGUUCGAACCAAUCAAUCUUUACAUAACGGCAUUGAUUCCAGUCGCAUUGUUUCCGCUAUUGGAAAUUGCUACAACAGAAGAGAUAAGUCAGAAUUACAUGAAAGCAGCUAAUAUGAUGUUCUUUGCCGGUUUGAUGAUGGGUAUCUCACUUGAACAUUGUAAUCUCCAUCAUCGGAUUUCACUCAAAGUGAUUAUAUGGUUUGGUUCAAGUAUUCCAUUGUUGUUGGCAGGCGUAAUGAUUGCCACAAUGUUCCUAUCCAUGUGGAUCAACAAUACGGCCACAACGGCCAUGAUGAUACCAAUAGUAGAUGACAUUCUUCAUGAGCUAGCUCUUAUGAACAAGGAUGAUAUUGAACAGCGCACUACCGAAGAUGCUGAACAACUUUCAAACAAAAAAGAUGGUGAUGAAGAUAAGAAAUUGGAUACUUCUUCAAAAAGACUUAAAAAUUUACGGAAAGCCUUUCUUCUGUCCAUUGCUUAUUCGGCCAAUAUUGGCGGAACGGCCACUCUAAUUGGUACAGGAACAAAUUUAGUGUUCCAAGAUGUAUUUUACAAUGAUUAUAAAAUAGAUAUAAGUUUUGCCUCUUGGUUUUUCUAUGCUUUUCCAUCAGCAUUUCUGACUAUAAUUGCCGCAUGGUUAUUACUAUAUCUACUGUACGCUCGUUCUUCAAAAAAUAUCACUGACACUCAACAGGCUAGUCAAUGUAUCAGACAGUCAGCAAGAAUGAAAUAUUCAGAUCUUGGUCCAAUGACAUUUCAUGAAUACGGUGUCCUAACAUUCUUUAUCAUUCUGGUGGCACUUUGGUUUUCAAGAAAACCAGAGAUAAUAACUGGAUGGGCUGAACUGAUUUCCUCAAAUCCACAUAACAUCAAGGAUGCAACACCAGCCAUACUAAUCACAGUGUUGUUGUUCCUCAUACCGGCCAAUUUUCAUCAAUUCUAUGCGUCAAACGGAAAUGCAAGCAGCAAAAUUCAACGACUUCUAUGUUGGAACGUAGUUAAGACCAAAAUGUCUUGGGGCGUAAUUAUUUUGCUGGGCGGAGGAUUCGCAUUAGCUUACGGUACCGAGAAAUCUGGAUUAUCUAGUUGGUUCAGUGAUCAAUUGAGACAGGUACGUCUGGAUCCCAUAGUAACCAUGGUCGUGUUGGCUAUUCUUAGCGGAUUCAUUACCGAAAUGGCAAGUAAUGUGGCUACAGCCAAUGUCAUCUUGCCGGUGGUCAGUAAAUUGGCUAUUCAAAUGAACAUCAAUCCAUUGAGAUUCUUGAUACCGGUUACUAUCUGUAUUUCGUUUGCGUUCAUGUUCCCAGUGUCGACUCCGCCGAAUGCAAUCGUAUUUGAAUACCUCAAAAUGAACAUCAGCGACAUGAUCAAACCUGGCAUAUUGAUGAACGUGAUGGCCAUAACAAUACAACUCAUCUCAAUCAAUACGUUGGGCGUUUGGAUAUUUGAUUUAAAACAUUUUCCAGAAUGGGCAAUCACACCAUCACCCGCAAACCAGACAUUGUCAAUAAAUAUUCCUUCGAUAGUGUGAAUGGUUCGAGCGAUUAUUAUACAGAUUUCGAAAGCAAUAAUAAUCAUUAUCCAGAAUAAAACGAUAAUAAUAAUUAUAAUAACGAUUA